UUGAUUUUUAUUAUUGUGUCCAAGUUAACCAAAUGGAUACAAACAAAAGACUGCAUAUCUGCAUUCGCCCCAUGCAAUUAUUAACAUAUCAAGUGUGCACCUGUGCAAGUAAAAAUGUUCUGAAGAAAUAAGAAAAUCAGCAUCUCCAAAAAUGGAAUGGAGAAGAAAACCAGACUACGCAGACACGGCUUACAGAGAAGCUGUGGGACACCUACGAAUACUUCUAGCCGAAAGUUACGGCCCCAUAAAGAGACCUCUGAAAGAAUUGGAUAGCGCUGGAGAAGAAACCGACAAUCAAUCAGUUGUGAGUGCCGCCAGUAGAAACUCCAAAGUAACCAGAAGUUAUUACCAUUACAAUCCAGUAAAUCCAAGGAAGUACUAUCACUACCCAACAUUGAGAAGCAACUAUAAUGGCUUGUCAACUGAAACAGAGAAACCUUAUUCUGAACCACCGAAACUUGAGAAUCAAAGUCAUCCCCCAGAGCUGAUGAAUUUCAUAGAACGUCAAGAUGAGUACAUAGAACAGUUAGAGAAAGAAUCCAAAAUCUGUAGGGAAGAACUAUCCUCUGUUUUGGUCAAAGUAAAGGAACUCAUCAAGGAAAAUGAACAUUUGCACGACAGACAAGUUUCAAGGAAAAUCAAAUCAGUUUUCGAAAAUCUUGACACCGAAACUGAUACGGAGACAGACAUCGAAAAUAAAAGUAUUUUAAAAUCUCCAAAGAAAACUCGAAAAAAUCUACUUUUCGAAGGACCCGCAAUAGUAUUCGAAUCUAGAAUUUCGGAAUUAGAAGCUCAACUUACCCAAGCUCGAAUUGAUCUCAAGAAAGCUCUUGAAGAGAACGAAACGAACAGAAGGAAAUUGAAUGAUGGCACGAUAUUGGAGAGCGCUGGUUUUGAAUCUUAUAAAAAGCAACUGGAAAAUCUACACAGGGAAAAACAGACUCUCCAAGAUACCGUACAGAAAUUGCAGAAUUCUUUGGCUUCAUUGAGAGAUAAAGAAAACGACACCAGUGACAAAGUGAAGAGGAGUUUAGAUGUUGCAGAACAAGCCCAGUAUGAAAAAAACGCAGCUGAAUCUGAAAUCAGGCGACUAAAAGACGAACUGGAGAGGCAGCAUAUGAAGAUGAGAGAUGCCAUUGCAGACCAGGUAAUAAUAGUAGCGGCGACUGUUGCCGAGUUAGAGGGCAUGAUCCACUCCCAAAACCAACUCAUGGAAAAACUGUCUACCGAAUGUCACGCCCUAACUCAGAAACUGGAAGAUGCAAGCGUCAGACAUAAGUAA